ACAUUCAAGUAUUCUGGAUGUUACAUCCUGCUUAAUUUGACAAAUCCCCAAACAUCUCUUUAUACACCGGAAAACAUCUUCUGAUUGCGGAAAUCCCCAAACGUCUCUAUAUAUACCCUAUGAAAUCUCUGAUUGAGACACAACAUUGUUCUGCUCGGGUAAGUUCCUGUCAAAAUUGAAAAGAUGAUGUUUUCCGUUCUUUUACUACUUUUUUCGUCAAUAUCACAAGUCAGAACGGGUUCCUUAUUAACCGGUUCAAAAAUAAACGACUGCAAGGACCACUAUGUACAAGGACAAACACAGUCUGGUGUUUAUGAAAUAUAUCCCUUUCAUAACGAGACCCAGGUCAGCGUGUACUGUGACAUGGUGACAGAAGGCGGAGGGUGGACAGCAAUCCAGAAACGGGUGAGUGGAUCUGUGAGUUUUAACAAAACGUGGGAGGAAUACAAAAAUGGUUUUGGGACCCCAACAGACUCUUACUGGAUUGGAAAUGACAUCAUACACCAGCUUACCAAUGGAAAUAACUCAUCCUUGUACGUCUCUAUUACAUUAUCAAAUGGCACAACUUUAUACGAAAUUUAUCGUCAGUUUUCUGUGUCUGAUGAAACGGACAAGUACAAACUUUUUCUUGGUGGGCCUGCUACCGGAACCUUGGGUGACAGUAUGAUAGAUACUGGUUAUUCUUACUAUAAUCUGUCAGGGAUGUACUUUACCACCCUGGACAGAGAUAACGACAGGGUUAGUGGAGAUAACUGUGCUGCUCGUAGUAACCGCAGAGGCGGCUGGUGGUUUAACGCCUGUAACCAGGCUUUCCUCAACGGCCAGUGGUACCCGGCGAGCUGGUACAGACCUUGGGCUCCACCAGUAUGGAGUGCGUCAUCUGUUAGGGAAACCAUGAUGUUGAUCAGGCGUCACUAGAUGCAGAUUGACGAAGAAAGGAAAUGGAUGAAUAAUUCAAUAGAAUACUAUUAUUACGCGUUACUGAUAAACAAUAUUCAUAAAUAGUCCUCUUCAUUUUCAUUAAUAUUUAUGUUCUAUUAAUUCCUAGUUUUAAUAAAGGUUUCUAAAUAAAAUAAGCAUCCUUGUAAAUGGGUGUCUUUCUGUGGACCCUGCUGGACAUAAAUGUUGAAAUUUCAUAACAUUAUUAUUGUCUAUUUAUGCAUUUUAAAUAAACUGAGAAUGAGAAAUA